UAACUGAGUCCUAUUAGUAAGUAGUUUUAUUCUUAUAGGUCCUUAAACUGUCCAUAGCAAAUCAAAAACAAAGUCAUGAUAUGCUAACUAUUUGGGACUUUUGAGAUAAAAACCUCAAAUUACGUUAUGUUUUUAUGAUGAAUAAUAUGCUGAGUAGAUGAUUAACUAGUAGUCGUCCAAAUGUCUUAAUCUCAACUAUAUCUUUGAAUGAAUUUCAAAGUAUAGUAUAUUUUGCAAUAUAUGAGCUUUAAAUAGAUUGAAGUGAAGAACGAAUAUAUUAGUCACAUCAUGGUUCGAUUAUAGGCAUAUAUAAAGUAACAGUGAAGUAUUAUUAGACCAAAAACAAAUCCAUCCAAAGAAAAACUAAUUUUAAUCAUUUUAGCCAGCUAAUAAAGGUUGCAGAUUUAAAUCUUGAUAGAAAUUCAUUUAACACUAAUGCAGAUAUGUAUGAGGCGUUUUCAUUGUGAAAAUAGGAAAGAAAUCACUAAAUAGUUAUGUUAGAGACACCUUGAUGUUUCGUUAAGCCCACUAUAUCAAGUAAUGUACAAUGUAGAUCUGUAUUUAUUUUCAUUUGAACGUAAAUCUUCAGAAAAGAUUUUAUUGUUGAAGAGGUUUGAUUGAGAUGAAUUGAAUUACAUUUUAAGCAGACUAGAUAUAAAUAUCUCUAAUUCAAUUUGAUUUUCCGUAUUGUUUCAAAAUGUUUUCAAAAAUAUAAACUUGUUUCUUCAGAUUUCGGGGCUAACUUGUUAACAAAACAAUAAGGAAACUUAACAAUUAAUAGCUUUAGGGUUGCACGGUAUUGAAUUUUCUGAAUAUGGAAGUGUCGUUUACAUAUCGUCACCAGGUCACCUGAGAUCAAGAAGGAAGAUUGGGCUUUUUUGUAAAAUUUACGAAUCUUGGUCAGGAACUUAUUCCUGAUUUAAAAAAUUUCCUGCUUACUAGUAGGGGAAUAUAAUUAGGUAUGUAAUUACCGAAGGGCAAAAAUUUGUCAUUCCUUCUAUGUCAGCUUUAAUACUUAUUCAGCUGUGAUGUAGUCACGAAUAGAAUACUAACAUCAACACACUUGGAUUUGCGAUUUUGGUGCAAUGGUUAGUGAUUGGUAGUUAAUAACACGUUUAGAAAUGCGUAAGAGCGGUUCGAAGUGAAAUAAUAUGGAAUUAUAUUGUGGAAACAUGGAACAUUUCUAAUGCAUUCGAAAAUGAUUAGAAUCUAACUCAAUUUUUCUAAAUCCAUUUGUGUCUUGAUAUUGGGCACGCAAACUGUCUUCACGGCAUCUUACAUGGAAUACAAUUACCAGGUUUUAGCGCUCAAGAAUGAAAUUUUCCCACGUUUGUCGAUUUUGAGGCAACUGUUUAUAAUCUUUAGAUGUAACUUAUAGAGAUGCAAGCUAACAACUGCUCGAGUGAAUGCUGAAAACAUCCAAAUUCGACUUUGCUUGUCUUUGAUAGAAUAAGUUUCACAGUCUGGAAACCUUGUAUAUAAAAUAUCAGAUUUCUUAAUUCAAAUUACGUUUGUAAACAAGCUUGGUCACAUGAAUUAUUAAGUGCUAAGUCAGUUAGUGGACCCAAAUCUAAAGUCAUUGAAACAGGUACCAAAGAACUUCGCAAACUAAUUUCUAUUAGAACUCUAUUGGUUUAGUCAGCUUAUAGCAGACUCACCAAGAUUAUCGACCUCAUGUGGUGUUCGUCAGUCCUCCAUUGUCUAUCCUUUUAUUUAAUUUCGUCAUACGUGUCCUUGUAGGAAUGCUUUCUUUACCUGACUGUUCGCGGGUUGAUCUAUCAGGGGGUGUGUCUAUAGACUUCUAAAACGCAGAUGAUUUAGUUCUGUUUGAUGAGGAUGCUGACAAAAUCCAGAGCAUUUUAAUCACCUUGAGCAACGGCAUAGGCAUUUUUGGAAUUCGAUUCUCACUCUCUUUAAAUCUGAUCUACGUAGACGCCUGGACUAGUGAUAGAAAACAGAACGUUGAGUGGGUCGACCAAUUAACUUAUCACGAGCGUUUCAUUGGCCUUGGUACGUUGGUACCUGACGAAAUAUCGGCAAGGUUUCAGAAAAUUCGACGGACACUUGUAGACUUACGUCACUUAUGGGAUAGGUGAGAUAUCCGUCUACAAAACAAAGAGUGAGUGUAUUGCCCAGUAGUUCAUUUAGUCCUACUCCAUACGCGCAAAAUACGACAAUUAAGAACGUGAACUUUGAAAGUAGAGGAUUUUUAUGGGCUAUAGUCUUCCAUCAUGGAUGCCUUCGUGUAUGUGUCAGGUCAGUUGAUAGAGUCAAGAAUCUUUAUCGAAUGAGAUGGGUAGGAUAUGUGUUAUGUAUUCCCAGUCACUGCCUAUCUCGAUGAGAUAUGCUUUAAUGCAUAUGAGUAAGACGGAAUAAAUGUGACAAUGGUACAUGAAGCUAUUGACUGUUUGUUCGAGCUAUACUAGAAUAUACAUAUGACCUGGGUGAUAACCGCAAAUAUUGGUUCAAGAAUUUGUGUAACAUGGCUCAUAAUCGUUCACAAUGUUGCAGAUACAUCCGCUUUUUAUCCCAAAUUCCAGUAUUCCUUCCAGCAUGACGUUCUACUCUAUCUUUUCGAACCAUAUCCUCAAUAUUUAGAUUUAACUAUUAUCAUAGCUACUAGAUUAUUUUGAAAUUCAUCUUGUCCUGCUAAUGUGGUAUGGAAACUAGGGUCAACUCAUAUGUUUACCAGGCCUUACCUUGAUGACAAGUAACUGAAUCAAACUAGAUGUUACGUACAGUGGCAGACGAAACGAAUCAUGAUUAUAAAUUACUGAAGAAGUUACAGUCAUAUAAUUGAUAAAGUGGAAUAUUUUGGCACUUUUUAUAUGCUACACACUUAAAUGAAUGAUACGAUAGAACGUAAAUGUUCUUAUUACGUUUUAACUAAUGUUAUAUCAGAAUAUGUGUUUUGGUUUUAUUUCAUGAUAUCUCAUACAGUUUCCAACGUAUAUUUAAACUGAGUAUGCACCUUUCUUGGAACUCAGAAACAUAGGGAAUGGAUAACUUGGGACCCGAUGUGAAUUUGUAUCUGUUCAAUUCGCCAUACUAAAUAUCAACAUCCCGAAAAGGGGAAUUAACGAGACAGAAAUUUGAAGAACUGAUCUUUCCUUUUCGUUACAGUAGGAAACUAGAUGUAAUGGAUACGUUUCAAAAGAAACAAAUGAAACUAAAAAGUAGAAGAAACAUACAGUAAUGAUAAACUGAAAAUUGAAAAACGAUAUGAAAUUAAACCGAUUUUAGUUUAUGUUAAAUAACAUCUUCAAUGGUAGCUUCGUUGGUCAAAAUCAGGAAAUCUGAAUGCUUUAACAGUCAAUUCAUCAUUAGCUAAUUAUUUGUAACAUCAGUUCAGUAAUAAACGCUAAGAAAUGAGUACACUUUAAAAAAAAAAGAAACUAAUGAAUAUAUUAAAGAAAAAUUAGAUAAUGUGUAGAACGAGGUUAUAGCUAAGAGUGAAGUUGCCAUAUCUAACAAAUUGAAGUGAAAUUGUAUAUUGUUAAAUUUGCAGUAUUAUUUAAGUGUCAAACUCAAUUUUAAUUCAAAAUUCUCUUCGAUAUUCUGUUGUAUACCAAGUAAUUUUAUCAACCAUACAGCAGAACGGUUUAAAGGAUAUCUCUGACAGAUUUAUUUUUCACAAUGUUAAUUAAAUAUAACCAUCGAACCUCCUUGUCUUUAUGCUUUAUACUUUCUGUGUCAUUUAUUAACCACGGGGUUUUUCUAAUAAGUACUUGUCACUCGAUUAAUAAACAAAAUUCGGUAAAAUAAUUCACAUUUCAAUUCCUUUAUUUAUUUCAAUUAGAGAGAAUAAGUAAUGAUCCAUACUGAACUAAUUAUUUUUUACUUUUCGAAAUUUUAUUAUAAUUAGUGAAUUACUGAAUUUUUUUAGUUUUUUUUCAUCAUUACUUUAGAUUUCAAUCAACUGAAGUCUAUUUAUACAAAACUAUUGAAACAAUGUAAGAUAUGGUCUGAUAAACUUGUUAGAGAAUUGGAAACUCGUAAUCAUUUGCUUAUUCAAUUACAUAACACUUAUGGUAGUAUUACUUCUUUACUACAAGCAGAUUAUCAAAAAAAUGGGCAAGAUCCAAAUCUUAAAUUCAGUAUGGAGCCUCGUCUAGGUGAUGAAGCAUUCACUGAAUGGAUUAAUGCCGUACGUCGUAUGGCUCGUAUAGGAGACGGUUUACCAUCAGCUAUUCGUUCACGUGUAUGGUCAACUCUUGCAGAUAGACAAUUAGCUAAGCAACAUGUCGAUUGGGAUCACGAGAUUAAAAUGGCUUUCAAUGAACCAUCUAAUCAAGAUGAUGACAGAUUAGGUGAACAAAUUGUAAAAGAUCUACAUCGUACUGGAUGUGAACAGUUCGGAUCAGAUUCAGAUCGUGCAUCGUUGAAACGUGUCCUUCUUGCUUAUGCUCGAUGGAAUAAACGAGUAGGAUAUUGUCAAGGUUUUAAUGUAAUAGCUGCUGGUGUGCUAGAUGUUACUGGUAGAGAUGAAAAAAAAGCAUUCAAAAUCAUGGUCUAUUUAAUUGAUUAUGUUUUACCGGAAUCAUAUUUUGCACAAAAUUUACAAGCAUUAUCUGUAGAUAUUGCUGUUUUCCGACAACUUUUACAAAACAGAAUACCCGAAUUAGCGAAUCAUUUAGAUAAUUUACAAUUCAAAGCUGCCUUGGAAACAGAUUGUCAGCUGACUGGAAGACAAUUAUCUACAUAUAAACAAGAUAUUUUAUCGGGAAAAAAUCAUGGCGCUUAUGAACCUCCACUAAUGAAUGUUUAUAUCAUUCAAUGGUUUCUUACUUUGUUUGCUACUUGUUUGGCAUCUGACGCAGUUCUACGUGUAUGGGAUAGCAUAUUACUAGAAGGUUCUGAGGUGAUCUUACGAACAGCUAUAGUCAUUAUGGAUUUCUUGAAAAGUCGUUUGUUAAAGUUAAAAUCAGCUGAUCAAUUUUACGCUACAAUGAGUAAUUUAAUGUCGGAAUUUUCAGAAGGUCGAAUAGUAAGCAGUCAAGAAUUAAUAUUUGAAAUCUAUGAACUAGCACCAUUUCCUUAUCCUGGAUUGAAAGAAUUACGUGAAAAGUUUAUGUAUAAUAUAGCUCCAUUAGUUUUAACAAAACAUUUAACUAUGAAUUCAUUGAAUAAUAAUACCACUGAUGAUCAAAGUCUUUCAAAUAAUGAUGGAAAGAAAAUGGGCAAAUUUAAUUUAUUGAAAUAUUUUCCUUCAAAUUUUAAAAAAUCGAAAUCUUUACAAUCGGAUAAUGAUUAUAAAGGUUUACCAAAGUUUAGAAAUGAAAAAUAUUUGAAUAAAACUACUAGAUCUUCCAAAGUCACCAAAGAUGAAUAUAUUAAAGAAAAACGACAUUGUGAUAUAAAAAGCAGUCACUGUGUACAAAACACGGAUAAGAGACGUUUGUCAACUACGGAAUUAAAUGAAGAAGAAUGCAUGGGAGAUAAUUAUCAAGAAAUUAGUUUGACUAUGGAUAUGGAUUCUGAAAUAGGGACGUUUUCUCGUAAACAAGCUCAAAAUGGCCAGACUAGUAAUACUCAUUUUAAAGAAGCACACAAUAACUCAAUAAACCGAUUUUCCAGUGAUCAAGUUAGGGGAACUGUCAAAUGUUUUUCAGCAUUUUGGCCUGACAAACCAAAUAAUAUUGACUCAAAAUUUUCUAAUCAAUUAUAUGUUACUGAAAGUAGUUCAGUGAAGUCAUUACAAUGUUCUGUUAAUGAUACUCCUCCUGGAAAUGUAUUUCGUCUGAGGAAUAUAGAAAGUUGUCCACUGAAAGACGGCAGAGUAAAGGCGAAUUCAGAUAUUAGUCAAAUUGGUCCAGGAGCAGUUAGUGAUGCCCCAGAUUUGAUCCCUAUGCAUAAAACAUCUUCAGCUGAUCAGGCUCGUAUGACAAGAAAUCUUGACCAAUUAAAAUCUCAUUAUAAAAAACAACAAACACGUCAACUUUCAACUAUUAUUGUUCUACCGACAAAUAUUUUAAAAUCAGUCUGUUAUCAAACAAAUAUGAUUGCUAUACUCCCACAAAGAAAAUAUACACCAAAUAAAUCAUCGUCAUUUAGAAUAUCGAAUACAAAUAGUCAUUAUCCAGUCAAGUCAAUAAGUUUUGAUUCCUAUGAUACAUUAGGAAAUUGCUCUGAGAAUAAUCUCAGUGAAACUGAUGACAAGAAUAAUUGCAAUAAUUCUUCUUUAGAUAUUCUGAAUGAAAAAAUUGAUGACACGCUAAAUGAUAGUCCUAAAAUGUGUAUAAAUCAGAACUUAAUUGGUGCUGUAAAAUCUUGGCAAGAGAACGCUGAUUGGUCUGUUACUGCUGAUGAAAAUGAUGAUCCUAAUAAGAAAUCCUUUCUUGAUGAAUUGAGUGGUAAAGAAUUAUCAAUUAAACAUUCUAACAAUACAAAACUUAAAUUAUGUGAAUUAGCAAGGUUUAAUAGUUUAGAAAUCUGUUUACCAAUGAAAUAUUCGUACUCAGAUGGAACACUGAAUGGUCAUACUAUAUCGAACAAUCAUACUGAUCAUAUCGACUAUGAUGUAAACUCUACAAAUUCUUUAGUAUAUAAUAAAAAUAUUUAUGAUACCAAUAUAAUUUAUUCGAAAAAAACUAUUAAUGAAUUAAUUUUAAUGAAUAUGAUUAAAGAAUAUAAUCGAUUAAAGGAGGACAACAAUAUGUAUAAUUUAAAAGAGUCAAAAAUUACACCUACACAAUCAUCAGUUGUAGUGUCUCAUGAAUCAAUUUCUCUGAAUGACACAGAUACUUCAUCUUGUUAUACGUCAGUUUCAAGAAAUGUACCAAAAAAGUUACCUUGGCAAGAAGCAGCAUAUUCCUUUGCUCUUAAUUGUCGUUUAAACAAAUUAAUCACUUCAAAACAGACAUGUGAAUUAUUUCCUGUAAAAACAUCGCUUACUCAAUCUCGAAGAGAGUUUGGAGCUAAAUUUGGUAUUUAUUAGAAUACAAAUUUCAAGAACUGAUUGAAUUUCUCAGGUUUCCAUUAUUAUUGCUAAGAGUUUCGUGCUUAUUUCUGGUAACUCGGUGAUUAUAAAUUCAUAACAUUCGUUAUAUAGCAUAACUGUGUUUUGUAAUUACCUCUUCAUGAUCUUAUGCUAAUAAUAUUUUCAGAACUUAUUCAUAUUCGUCCAUUUUUGGAGGAUUGGUGAUAAAUAUUUUAGAACAACAUAUAUAAUAUUGAAAGUUUUCAGAUAAAUAUAUUAUUUUCCUAAUAUUAUGCUUCCGUAAUAACAUUUGUGUACAAUAAUGAUGUCUACAGAAAAUAAUCUAGUCUAUCAUUAUUUUUAUUCGUUUUGUUUUCAAUAGCUUAUUUUGUGAUUGUUAAACUUAUUAUAUAUCACUGAUCAGAACAAUAAAAGUUCAUGAUUUGUUCCCAUGUUCAAUAUUGUCUACUUUAUAUUAUCAUUGAUUGAUACAGAAAAGAUAUUUUGACCAAAAUUAACUUACAUAGUGUUUUUCCGUUUGUUAUUUUUAUGUAAUUGAACUUAAUUUCGGUUGAAAUCGAAAUUUUGAUAGAGUGGAUAACAUCAUAAAUUGUGGUGAGGUGCCUAGUUGUAUUUAGGCAAAACUUUCGUCAAAUGAAAUUAAAUCUAAGACAGAGUUUUUUGUCAAUAUAUAUCUUUUUUCUUUCCAUGCUCGAUUUGUCAGGAAAACGUAGGCUUAUUCUAAAUUUCUA